AUGGUGUCCGAGGAAGACGUCCGUGAAGCUAUCGCGGCACAUCUCUCUGACGCCGAGGUCAAUGUGACAGACAUCUCAAAUGGGUGUGGCACCGGCUUUGAGGUGCAAGUGGUAGCUCAAGCCUUCGAGGGUAAACGCCUGCUAGAGCGGCACAAACUCGUGAACGCAGCACUCAAGGACAUCAUGCCCAACAUCCAUGCACUUAGCAUCACGCGGGCCUGGACGCCCCAGCAAGCAGCAGCUGCCUGA